UCAUGAAAAGCGUGACGUGAGCAGGUCCUCAGCGACACUGAGAGGAUCCACGCCGCCCACCGACUCACAGCUCAGGUGCUGCGGGAGUCACAGGGAUGCCUGCCUGUUUCCCCCUCUGUCCCUUUCUGGACGUUUCUUCCUGGUCUCUUCCUAGUUUUCCUCCCCAGGGUUUCCAAACUGACCUCCAUCCCAUCCUCAGAGCCGAGACGGGACCAUGAAUCUGAGCCGUGUCUGUUGUGUUUAUCAGCAUCCAGAGAAACCAGUGCGUUAGGACGCAUCCCUCCCACUGAAACGCGGCUGCCCACUCACAUGCACGACACCAUGGGCAGCUCCCCAGAGGUGCUUUCCUGGACUUCCUGCCCCAGUCUUUUGGUGGGGAAGCUGAAGGAAGAGCUUAAACUCACUGUGGUUGGGGACAACAUGAAGAAAUCCAACUCUCCUAACGCGCAGCCUCAUCCUCCUCAGGCCUUGCCUCCUACUUUACCUCCUCAGAUCAUCACAGACCUCGCCCCGCCGACGAACCUGCCCGUUCCCCUGCACACGCCCGGCCAGGAUGAGGACUCCGUUUUGGGGGGCAUCAGCCCAGGAAACAUAGCCCUGAGUGUGGAUUCAACGCGGAGUGAAGGUGGACACUUCGAUAACAGCGUGCUUCAGCUGCAGGAGCAGGAGGAAGCGGGUUCACCUGCUUCCUGUGAGCACGGUGGCUGUGGGAGUGGCAUGGAUGAGCAGGGAGAAGGAGACUGUCCGGUUGACCGAAGCGAAGAUGGGAGGCCGAGCCACCCGCGGCACCCCGACGACAUCAAGCUGCACUUCCAAAGAGCCGGGCCUGGGUCUGGAGGCUUCCUGGAGGGCCUGUUCGGCUGUCUUCGACCCGUCUGGAACAUCAUUGGGAAAACUUACUCCACAGAAUACAAGCUGCAGCAGCAAGACAUGUGGGAGGUCCCGUUUGAGGAGAUUUCCGAGCUGCAGUGGCUGGGCAGCGGCGCCCAGGGAGCCGUCUUCCUUGGCAAGUUUCGCUCCGAGGAGGUGGCCAUCAAGAAGGUGCGGGAGCAGAAGGAGACGGACAUUAAGCACCUGCGAAAGCUCAAGCACCCCAACAUCAUCAGCUUUAAAGGGGUGUGCACCCAGGCGCCUUGUUACUGCAUCAUCAUGGAGUACUGUGCACAGGGUCAGCUGUAUGAGGUGCUGAGGGCUGGGAGGAAGGUGACCCCCAGGCUGCUGGUGGACUGGGCCACAGGAAUCGCAGGUGGCAUGAACUACCUGCACCUACACAAGAUCAUCCACAGAGACCUCAAGUCUCCCAAUGUUUUAGUGACCCACAACGACACUGUGAAAAUUUCUGACUUUGGAACGUCCAAGGAGCUCAGCGAUAAAAGUACAAAGAUGUCAUUUGCGGGUACGGUGGCGUGGAUGGCCCCAGAAGUCAUAAGAAACGAGCCUGUGUCAGAAAAAGUAGACAUCUGGUCAUUUGGAGUUGUGUUAUGGGAGCUGCUCACAGGAGAAAUUCCCUACAAAGAUGUGGACUCGUCCGCCAUCAUUUGGGGCGUUGGUAGCAACAGCCUACACCUUCCUGUCCCCUCUACCUGCCCAGACGGAUUUAAAAUCCUCAUGAAGCAAACAUGGCAAGGGAAGCCGAGGAACAGGCCUUCGUUUCGUCAGAUCCUCCUUCAUCUCGACAUCGCCUCUUCUGAUGUGCUGGGAACUCCUCAGGAGACCUACUUCAAAUCUCAGGCAGAGUGGAGGGAGGAGGUGAAGAAGCAUUUUGAGAAGAUCAAAAGUGAAGGCACUUGCAUCCACAGGCUGGAUGAAGAGCUGAUCCGCCGCAGGAGGGAUGAACUCAGGCAUGCUCUGGACAUCCGGGAGCACUAUGAGAGGAAGCUGGAGAGAGCCAACAACCUGUACAUGGAGCUCAGUGCCAUCAUGCUGCAGCUGGAGGUCCGAGAGAAGGAACUGAUGAAAAGAGAACAGGCAGUGGAGAAGAAAUAUCCGGGCAGCUACAAACGUCACCUGGUCCGGCCCAUCGUCAGGUCCAACGCUGUGGAGAAGCUCAUCAAGAAAAAAGGAAGCAUCUCACACAAACCUGGAAUGCCGCAAACUAAAAGGCCGGACCUGCUGCGCUCUGACGGCAUCCCCAGCAUUGACCCCCUCCCCUCACCAUCGCCUCUAUCAGGCAGCCCCAAAGUCUCCACUCCCCCUGGGAAAUCCCGCUACAGGAGCAAGCCCCGCCACCGCCGCGCUAACAGCAAAGGAAGCCACAACGAGUUCCCCGGCACCUUGAAGUCCAUCGCCGGGGCCUCAGAAGACACCCAGUCUUUGCAGGAGACACCAUUUCAUCAUCACCACCAUCACCACCACCACCCACCUCCUGAGGGCCAGUUUCUUCCCCUGAAAGGCCGCGAGGAGGCCGUUGUCAACUGUGCCAACAAUCUGCGCUACUUCGGCCCCGCUGCCGCCCUCCGCAGCCCUCAGACCGACCACCUGCAGCGCCGCGUCUCUGACUCCAGCCCCGACCUCAUUUCCACAGCCGUGGAUGCCGACACACGGCAGCGGACUUCCUCCACCAGCUCCAACCCCAUACCAGGUGCUGGUUUGUUAUGCCCCUGCUGCCAGGCCCACCCUCUCCCCGGCUGCUUGCACUGUCAGGAGACCCCUCCCACACUAAGCCAACCAGAACUGCCGCACUACUCGCUGCUCAGCACCCAAGAAAGCAACCAGUCCUGUCUGGGACCUCCUAAUAAAGAGGCACACUCAAAAGGAGAGGACACUAAUAACACUUCCCUGCAGGAGCAGGAGCUAACCCAGCCCAAACAGCCGCUGCCGUCUGCUCUGCCCCGCACCCUCAGACCCCUCAGAAAGGGUGAUGAGUCAUCUGAAGAGGAGGAGGGAGAGGUGGACAGUGAAGUAGAGUUUCCACGGCGACAGAGACCCCAUCGCUGUAUGAGCAGCUUCCAGUCCUACUCCACCUUCAGCUCAGAGAACCUGUCUGUGUCUGACGGGGAGGAGGGAAACACCAGCGACCACUCGCACAGCGGACCUCUGGAGAAGCUGAGCGCCAGUCAGGAGGAGCACCUGGACGAGCUGCUGUCGCACACGCCGGACAUCCCCAUCGACAUCUCCACCCAAUCCGACGGCCUCUCCGACAAGGAGUGCGCCGUGCGCAGGGUGAAAACGCAGAUCUCACUGGGGAAACUGUGCUCCGACGAACACAGCUAUGAGAACCCGCUGCAGUUCGGGGACUCGGACUGUGACUCAUCAGAGGCAGAGUGCUCCGAUACGACCAUCAGAAACAACAAAGUCGGGGCUCCGUCGUCGUGGUGAAAGUGCCUGCAGGGCGUCGGAUCGAUUUUUGUGUUUUUAAUUUAGCCUGGUGGCCACCGUGUCCUGAUUAGAGGGCUCCUCAGAAAAUACAGCAAUAAGAGGACAUCAUAGUGAACAAAACUCCCCCUAUAGUCCAACGUAACCCCCCCCACCUAAUCCAAAGCGUCAACCCCCGUCAUUGCAUCCAGGCAAACUCAUGGCAGGGAUUCCCUUUUGAAUGAUGAUGUAGAUAGUUUAAUGUUCUUAAUUUAUUUUUGUCUGAGUUUUGAAAAGAAAUUCAGGAUUCUCUGAUUCAUACAGAGAAGAAAACAAAAACAACAGACACAUUUAGUGUGUCUUAGUGAGAUACUACCACUAGAUGAAGGAGCUGGGGGACGUGUGGAGGGGCCGAUGCCUCCCAGCAGCGCUACUGGCCUUCAUCUUGCUACAGCUGCUCUGAGAAUCUCUGUGUCAGUACUUUCUAUAAAAAACAAACAAAAGCCACCUCUUCGUUGAGUUUACAGCGCAGUGAUCCCGGUAUCCCUCAUCCUUUUUGCUUUCUUCUUGUCAGGACUUUGGCCGAAACAGGGACCAAUGAGCUCACGGAAACACUGUCAACACCAGCAUGAACAACUCGCCUUGCAAAUGCAACUGGUAACCCCUAAAAGAAAAUAAAAUAAAAUGGCGAUAGGCGUGUCAUCAUCAGGUUCUCUUCAAAGCUAUUAGAGCAUGCUAGCAAGAUGCAAAACGUUUAACAAGGACUGCAUGAAGCAGAGAAGCAGGCAGCAAUGAGGACGACUCGUCCGAGAGAUAAAAACAAAGACACGGCAUCAGCAAACAGACAUCACAACCACUGUUUGGUGCGAAUAAGCCCCCCUAACCAUCAGACAUUGCAGUUUCAAGUCUCAUCUCAGGAUCGCUCAAGGACUGUGAAACUGGACUGGACCAACUAUCGUGUGAAAGAAUGUUCUUCGACUGGCACAUAUUAAUAUAAAAGGACCAUGGAGGAGAAAAAGAAGAAAAACAAAAACUUACAGAAAAGCCUUGAUGUUCAACCCUUUAGUUCUGUAGGUGUUUCUUAGCUGCAAUCCAAAUGCAGUAUCUCUUUUAAUUAUUACUUUUCUUUUUUCCUAAAGCUUGUAAAAGCCAACCACUUACCAUUUUCUUGCAGUGUUAUUUUUUUUAGGCUGAUCCAUAAUGAUACAGAUGCGUCUCUGUAAAAAAGGAAUGUCAUGAAAAAGAGGUUCUACACCCCUAAAUAAGUCAACGUCCGUCAGCAUUGUAGUCACUAUAUCCUUUCAGUUUUAUUAAUUUGGAUUUAAAACUAAAACUGUUCAAAUAUGUUUUCAUAGCAGUUUCUGAAAUAAUUCUAUUUUUAAUAAGAUAUGAGAUGGCACAACCUCCACUAUCAGGCAAAGCUGUACAUGGUUACUGCUGAAGCUUCCCAGAGAGAACAUAUGAAAAUGAAGGUAUAGUGAAAGGAAGAACUAAAGCAGAAAAGGUGCACAGCAGCAACAACCACAGCAUUAAGAGGAAAACAGCAAUACAGAAUUAAAAAGUCAUGAAAAGUCAAUCAAAAUGAAUGAAUAUACAUCCAUAUUCUUUCCUUUU